GAUCUUCUCUCUCUCUUCUCUCUCUUCUCUCUCGGCGAUCUAGGGUUUCAUGAGAGUAUGAGGAUGAGCUUGGUAAGACGAUGCGACGGUGCGACGGUGUUGAGGACCUAACCAUCGCCUCCAACAAUGGUGGCUAGGGUUUCUUACAGAUCUGACGUAUAAUUUUCGGAGAGUUUUGGUAAAUUGGCGACCAUACAUACGAUAUCAGGUGAGUUCUGGUUUCGAUCGUUUAAUUUCCGGCCAUAUGAGUUUUGCUUUACGACUUUGCUUUUUGUUCUAAGCAAGUGUACGUCUCUUUUCUAGCCUUUCUCAAGAUGCUUAAACACAACAUGUUUGAGGGGUACACCAAAAAGAAGCUCAUUGUUACCAAGAACCAGGGAUUGGAUGUUAGUUUGAAUUUGGGUUCCUCUUCGUUGGCUGAUGGUUCGAAAUGGACGGAUUGGAUCGUGGCGGUCAUUAUAAACAGCCGAAAGUUAAUUCCUUGGCAAUGUGGUGCUGAUCAACCCUCUAUACCAUCUGUCAUGCCGCCAAGGCCCGUUAGGAAUAAUGCUGAUAUCCCAAGAUCAGGCUCUUAUGUGCAUCCUUUCCUUCCUGGCCAAAGUUCUGUGGCUGCUAGAGCUCCCGGUUCGGUUGGGUCUUCAAUGAUUCCUCCACACCCUGGAAGUGCUGCACGGGCACGUGAACGAGCCCAGGCCCUCCAGGCCUAUUUUCAGCAACCUUGCAGUUUACUAGGCUUACGCACACCUAUUGUAUCUGGGUCACGGAGAUCCAACAGCCAGGCCCAAAUGGGUCAAGCCGGGUCAUCUUCAGAUAACAUUCGUGGAGAUGAUUUUACAUCAAUGAUCUGGGAUUUAGGGACUAAAGGUAUAGCGCGUGCCAGUUAAAGUAUCCUAAAUUGACCCAUCCGUACACAAAUGAGUUUGAAAGCACCAGAAUUAUUGGAGAGACAC